AUGUCUAUCCGACCGCUGCCUAAAGAUGUAAUUGACAAAAUCACAUCAUCAUCAUCCAUCGUUUCGCUAAACGGGGCUGUCUGCGGCCUCGUGAGGAAUUCUUUGGAUGCUGGCGCUCGCAAAGUCAAUAUCGUCCUCGACUAUGUCCGCGGAAACUGCACAGUAGAAGAUGAUGGCGAGGGCAUCUCAGCCGAAGAAUUCAGCGUCAAUGGAGGUCUAGCAAAACCAAACAACACAUCACGGUUUCCUCAUUUGUCGAGCUAUCAUGGCCGCCACGGAAACUUCCUCGCUUCGCUUGCAGCGCUAUCGCUCGUCAUCAUCACGUCAAACAGUGGAAAUGAAAACAAGUCUAGCUCUGUAGCCAUUCAUCACGGGGUCGAAAUACCAACAGAGGCCACCGAUCCCGCUGUUCAGCACUGUGCUUCGUUCAGCAGUGGUACGCGGGUUGCUGUUUUCGACCUGUUUGGAUCAAUGCCUGUACGGGUAAAGCAUCGAGCUUCCGUCUUCUCUGCACCGCCAUAUCUUGAAAAGGAAUUCAAGGCACUCACAUACGACCUGACUGCUUUACUGCUAGCCUGGCCCAUGGGUGUUUCUAUACUUUUGCGCGAAGCACGACGGGAUUGUCAGCUACGCCUGAAAAGUGGUGAUGGUUUGACCCUGGAUCAGCGGACCUCUCGCCUUUUGAUGCAAGCAGGACUAUCGGAUUUUACUGAAGCCACUUCAUGGGUACCUGUAGCCGCAUCUAACGGCAGCCUUUCUGUUGACGGAUGCAUCAGCACAAUUCCUGUCGCAACCCGGUCUUCGCAAUUCAUCAGUCUCGGAAUCCAUCCUAUGGAGCGCUCUAUGGGCGGAAACGUCCUCUUUGAAGAGGUCAACGAGAUAUUUACAUCCUCAAGUUUCGGCAUCCUCGAGGAUCAUGGUUCAAGUGAAACUCUGGCGGAUGAUUCCUCCGCUGCACAGUGCAAGCCUAAGAAAGGUUUAGAGAGGUGGCCCAUGUUUUACUUGCGGUUCAAGAGCAACGCUGCGAACGCCGAAGAUCUUCUCAGGCCGCGUAGUCCAACCUUGGCGGGCAUCAUUAGCCUGCUGCGCGCUGUCUGCUACGCUUUCCUGAAGAAGCACAAGAUGCGCCCUCGAAAACGGAUGCACAAUCGCCGAAGAAUCUCUCCAGUAGAGGGAGAUGGACGAUUAUUGCAAGACGGCCGAUCCGGCGCGGAAGCGCCGAGAUCCUCAGAGGAAUUCCUCUGUACAUUCGAUAAUUGGCGUCGAAUUAAGGUCGGCCAUCGUGCGGGUGUUACCUUUCCACAAUCCAGCAAUAGCCUGAAACAUCUGAUUGGCUCCAGGGGACAGCUUUUACGCCCACCUUUUGUUGAGGAAAGCCAUGAUGAAUCUUUUGCUCACAGUCUGUGCAGCGACGCCGACAUUCAUUCUAUACAGAACUUUUCGACGAGAAACUUGGAAACAUUGGAGACGCAUUGCCGAGAAGGCCACGAUAAUUGGCUCGCUAAGCUCGAUGAAUCUUGGAAGAAUCCCGUGUUUGAGACGGUCGAAUCUGCAGUGCAUCGACUGCCCAAUGAGCUGUGCUUUGAGCUUUGCGAAGACAGCAAACGUACCUCUGCCUCGACGACCAACAUCAGCGGUCGAAUUGCGAAGAGCUCGUUGGCAAACGCGGACAUUAUUGCCCAGGUGGACCGCAAAUUUGUACUGAUCAAAUUGCCUCUUGUGUCCCCUGUUGACGGCGACGCAUUGUGCACGAAUUCAGCCCAACAUGCACUAUUUGCAGUCGAUCAACACGCAGCGGAUGAGCGUUGCCGGCUGGAGGAACUUAUGUCACACUACUUUGAGCCGGAAGAGCAUAAGAUGAGCCCGGCUAUCGAACCCCUGGACAAUCCCUUAUAUUUCGACGUUGCUGCAAAUGAAUUCGCGUUGUUCACUAAGCGGAAGGCGUUCUGGGAGGGAUGGGGUAUUAGGUAUCAGCUGCUGGGAGCUGAGAAGGGUAGACAUGAGCUUGUCGAGUGGUACGCAGGUGCAAUUAUGUUCAACGACGAGCUGACAUUGGCGGAGUGUACCUCGCUCAUUCGACGACUUGCCAAAUGUUCACUGCCUUUUCAGUGCGCGCACGGCCGACCAAGUAUGGCGCCUCUCGUGGAGCUGGGCAAUAAAACAUGCAGUGUACUUCGCACACUACCGGGCGUCGCUUUCCAGGAUGACCCGCAGGCGUCUAUCAUGCCUAGUGCAGGCGCGUGGGCAGAUUGGAUGAGCUGA